AGCAGUAUAACGUGUCAUGUGCUGCAGUCGGUUGGUAGUGUAGCCACCGUAGUCCGGGCAAGCUGACACUCUAACUUACAUCGGUGACAAGCAUCGAAAAACGUUGACAAUGAAGGCUGUUUUCAUUCUUACACUUGUAGGAUGCGUCUGUGCAAAAGCACCUCUGUACAACACGGACGAUGACACUGCCAUCGCGGAUGAAUACAUUGUGGUUCUGCGCAACAACAUCACUGACGAUGGACGAGCUGCCCAUAUGGACAAAGUGAAGCAUAUCUUCAAAACCUCGGACUUGGCCAAGUCUCGCGUGAAACACGAGUUUCUCAUUGGUGACCUGGUGGGCUAUACCAUUACUGCACCGAGGGGUAUCGUCGAACGUCUCCGAGAGUCCCCGGAUGUAGACUACAUCGAGGCCAACCAGGUGGUGAAAGGGCACUCUGGGCACGAGAGUACCGAAAAUACCCUAGAACUGAACGAGACGGAAGAGAAGUGUCACGUGCAGCGCAUGGCAGGAUGGAACCUUGUGCGCACCAACCAGAGGAUGCUAAACAUCGACGGUCGGUUCUCGUACAAAGCGAGCUCCGAUGGCACAGGUGUAACAGUUUACGUGAUGGACAGUGGAAUCAACACUCAGCACACAGAGUUUGAGGGAAGAGCUUCCUGGGGUGUGGACUUUGUUGAUGACCCCUCCCCAUUUACGGAUAGGAACGGACACGGGACACAUGUGGCGGGUAUAAUUGGCGGGAAGACAUUCGGAGUAGCGAAGAAGGUGAAACUGGUGGCCGUGCGGACAAUGAACCAAAACAGCUCCGGCAAGACAGAUAAUCUGAUACUAGCUAUUGAGUGGAUCACUAAAGACGUCAAAAAACACAAGGAGAAAAAGCCAACAUACAAGGCCAUCACCAAUAUGUCGCUUGGAACUUCGCGUUCUGCUGCGCUCAACGCCGCCAUUGCUGCAGCCGCCAACGAGUCCAUGAUCUUUGUGGUUUCGGCGGGAAACGAUCAGACAGACGCCUGUAGCGCCUCCCCUGCCAGUGCCGAGGCCGCAAUAACAGUUGCCGCCACAAAUGCUGUCGACAAGUUCUCUACAACUUUCUCCAACUACGGUACAUGCGUGGACAUCCUUGCACCCGGAGAAGACAUCCAGUCUGCCUGGAUCAACAGCAACUAUUCCGUCAUGAGCAUGACCGGCACCUCGCAGGCUGCGCCGCAUGUGGCUGGAGUGAUCGCCCGCUACCUUAGCUACUUCCGGGAUUCCACCGGCAUCAUCAGUCCGGAGACAGUCCGGAACUGGGUAGUCGGCUUGUCCAGUAAGGACAUGGUGCAAGAGAUCCCGGAUGAAGACACGCCCAACAACCUGUUGUUCUUAGACUGUUACUAGGCAACCGGGGUUACUAGGCAACCGACAGCACUGCGGUUCUACCAUAGUGGAUCGCCAUGUUGUAACAGUAUCAGUAGAAGCCUUAGUAAAGAACACAGCGAAGCUUUAGAGAACGUAAAUUUAGAUUGUUGCUAGGCAACCAACGUUACCAGGCAACCGAUAGUACAGUGGAUCACCAUGUUGUAACAGUGUCAGUAGAAGUAAAAACACAACAAGUCUUCAUAGAGAACGCAAAUGCUGUAUACAUGCAUUUGAAACAAGGCCCAAACCACCUUUGCCAGGGCCAGGCAUAUGGUAUAUUGGCUGAUUUGUUAAUCUUAGAACAUCAUAGGAAUCAUAUAUGGAAACAUGAUAUGCCUGGUGUGUUAUUUCUUGCAAGUUCAUUCUAAUUGUAUA